UGAUGAUGGCUUGCUAUCGCCGGAAGCUUUAUCUAUCCGUGAGACGCCCUUCCAUGUUUGCUUCCUGACAUUCCAGCAUAGCCCAGUCCGCUAUCUGCUCUCUUUGCGAGUCCCUGACGGCAAACCUCAUCAAGUUUGCCCCAUCCCCGCAUCCCCUUAUAUAUUGCCCCUACAGCUCACUAGUCGACCACUACCGGUCGCGACGCCACUCAUCCCGCAACAAUGGCAAUCCAUUCCCCUGAACACACUGCAGAGGCACAGCCCAUCGACAUCGAAUCCUGGACUGAGCAAGCAACAGCAGCCUUGACAACUGUUGCCAUAUCGGCACCAGAGCCCGCUGAAGCCCCAGCCGCUACUGCACUCCAGAUCCCUCUCGAUGACGCUACGACUACGACUUCUGUGCGGUUUUCGGAGCGCCCGGCAGCUGCUUCCACGGCCGCUAAGCAGGGUGGUCAGUACAAACGCCAGGAGCCAUUCCGUCGGGAUAGCCAGAAACGUCGUGAAGCCUUACUCAAGGGCAAAGAGGGAUCGCGCAGGAGGACACGAUGGGAGAACGACCGCUUGAUGAACAACCCAUGGGUCGAGCCCCCAGAGCCGCAUGAUUGGGAAGUACGCCCAACUCACCCCGUUCACAACGUGCCCUAUUAUCUCGCUCCGCUUUGGGACGCUGGACUCAAACGCCAGUCGGCCGAGCGCAAGAAAGCCGCCGAACAAGCCAAAGCUGCUUCCAAGACCGUAGCCAAGAAGCCCACGUCCCCCGGUAUUGUUCCCAAGGAGUUGCGCGAGAAGCUCAAGCGCUCCCGCGCCGCUAAAGGCCUCCUCAUGGACCUUGAAAGCGAGGUGCGCAAAUUCGUCGCCGAGUGGGAGGAGCAAGAGCACGAAGCGGAGAAGGAAGGACUGCCUUCAGACGUAGACAGCGAAGACGACGAAAUCGUCUUCGUGGGACGGAGCGGCGGCAUGUCUGACCAACCCCCCUCAUCUCCUCUCGCUGCAUCUACCUCUUCGCUCGUGGACGUAAAGAGCAGCCAUACCAAGCGCGAGUUGAUGCUGUUCGAGACCCCCGCGGAGGAUCUGGGCGGCAGCUUCGGUCGCUGGCUCGUGCAUCACAUUGGUGUAUACUACGGGCUCAAGACCUGGUCUGUCACUGUGGGCGAUCCGGCGAGGCGCGAAGCAUACAUUGGGGUGAAGGAGCAGCAGCAGCGCAUGAAGACUGGGCAGGUCGCUCUUUACAAACCCAUGCCCAUGCCUUUGUACGGCCUGGUUUGA